AAAAAAAAAAAGGAAAAAUGAAAGUACAAAUUUUAGAGAGUGUUUUUCCCAUUAACCAGUUAAAAAUUAGCCUCAGCUCAUCAUGUCUGUUUUAUGUGUACGAACUAACUGUGAAUCUUCUGUGUGUUGCAACCAAAGACUCUCUCUCUCUAUAAUAUAGAUAUAUACAUGGCAUCAUCAGUCACUCGUACCUCCUCUCUCUCUUCCUCCUUUCCACGAACCCUCUCUCGCUCUACCAAUUCUCAUCGCAAAAUCAGUAUCCCCCAAUUUCAGCUUCACCGAACCUCUCCUAUUCAAGCUUCCAGACGAAUCUCCAAUUUCCCACAGGAAGGCAAUAACUUGGUGGAUGAUCGUCCCAAUUGGAGCCGCAAUCGCGGCGUCGUCAUUGAAGAGUAUGACGAUGAUGAUCAAGAUGAAGACGAUGAUGAUGAAGAAGAAGAAGAAGAUCGGAGUUUGGAUCUUCUGGUUAGGUUUGUCCAGAAUGUGUUCAAGAAGAUUUCAAAAAAGGCGAGGAAGGCCGUUCGAUCUGUUCUGCCUCUCAACAUCUCCACCAAAUUGGUGGGGUUCUCUGUUAAUGGAGUCAUAAUUCUGGCAUUUUUGUGGGUUUUGAAGGCAUUUCUUGAGGUGAUUUGCACCCUAGGGAGUGUAGUGUUUGUGAGCAUCUUACUUGUCCGCGGUAUCUGGGCUGGCGUGUCCUAUUUACAAGAAAGCCGCAAUCUUAAGGUUAAUGAAUUUGAUGCUGAGCACCAUGCUUGGACUGGUACACGGCCUGCAACUUGAUAUGUCCACCCUUUAAAGAGGAAAACUUUGAAGGAUGAUCCAAAAAGGCAAUUGCAGCAAAUUUUCAGGAAGGGAAACACGCGAACUUGAGGAUGCUGAGAAGAUGGCAUCAAAAUUGUAUCCAUCUUUUGGUGAAUUCUUUUUGAACUAGCAAAGAGUGUUCGUAGUAAAUGCUGGGACGAGCACAAGGGGCAAGCAACACCAGCACUUUUUUUCCUCAUUUUAGUGUACAAGUAAAAGCACCGUGGGCAGAACUCUUUGUAUAACCGUCAUUUAAAAAAUUACAAAUGGCCAAAAACAAAUAUUAUAAAAAUAUAUAUAUUUUUUCUUCAUA